UCGUACGAGUUGUGUUGCAGCCUGUGCGCCUGGUGCGAGUCCAGGUUUCUAACUUUAAAGAUGGAUGACAUGUUUAACCACAGCGGAGCGCCCAACAGAAGUUCACCUGUCGAUGACAAAUUCAGUUUCGAUGACAUCGACGUGAGCGCGGACGGCACUCCCAUCCUGAGGAUACUCAUCUCCGUGGUGUACUCUGUAGUUUGCGCAGUGGGUUUGGUGGGAAAUCUGCUCGUCUUUUUCCUCAUGAGAAUAAGACAAGGUCGAAAGAGGUCCACCAUCAAUUUCUUCAUUAUAAACUUGGCGGUGACGGACUUCCAAUUUGUGCUCACGCUGCCCUUCUGGGCUGUGGACACCGCGCUGGACUUCAGCUGGCCGUUUGGAGACGCCAUGUGCAAGAUCAUCCUCUCGGUCACCGUGAUGAACAUGUACGCCAGCGUGUUUUUCCUCACCGCCAUGAGCGUGACCCGCUACCUUUCCGUCGCCUCGGCCCUGAAGAAGAAAUCCUACAGGAGGUCACGGUGCGUAAAGUGGGUGUGCGCGGUGCUGUGGGUGGCCGCGACGGUGGCCACAGCUCCCACUGCUGUCUUCUCCACGGUCACUGUGGUGGCCGGAGAGAAACUCUGCCUCCUCAAGUUCCCUGAUGGGCACGACUGGCUCGCCCUCUAUCACAUUCAGAAAAUAUUAAUAGCCUUCAUCAUUCCUAUGCUCAUAGUCUCCGUUAACUACCUGAUGCUCCUGCGCUUCGUGAGACGGAGGAGCAUGGACAGCAGCAACCCCAAAAGAAGAUCUAGAGUCACCAAAUCUGUCGCUAUAGUGGUUUUGUCUUUCUUCUUCUGCUGGAUGCCAAAUCACGCCAUCACUUUCUGGGGUGUUUUGGUCAAAUUUAACGCGGCUAACUGGGAUAAGUCGUACUACAUGGUGCACACUUACGUGUUCCCUGUCACUGUGUGCUUGGCCCACGCAAACAGCUGCUUAAACCCGGUGCUUUACUGUCUGAUGAGGCCGGAGAUCAGGAAGAUGCUCAGCAGUUUGUUCUGGAGAGUCUCCACUCCGUCCUCCAAGAAGAGCUGCGCGACGCGCUCUUUUACGCAGGGAGGGACGCAGGGAGUCGUGCCUCUCCAGAUUAUGAACAGUGGAGAGUACACGCUGUCCAUCAUAGACAGUAAAGGCUUAGCCAGCUCCAAAAUGAUCCCGUACCCACGGUGACGUCAGCCUGCUGAAAAAUACCCCCCAUGCAGCUGCUUUUAUCGCUCUGGCUGUCCACCUGUGACUGUCACUACUCGUGCGUAAUGCUUUUGCUAGUUCUCCAAAUUUCGACUGUAACAAGAUCACUUGUUGAUUCUGAAGAUGAAGGAGCCGAUGUGCAUUAAGUUUAUCCUUUCCUUUUUUUCCUGUAAAAAAUACACAAAAUGUUUUUUUUCUUUUUGCCCUGUUUGAGACCUUUAUGAGGACAGUGGGAGCAAAAAGAAACAGAAAAAAGACACAGAGGACAAAUGUCUCCAGACCAGAAUCUUAGACACAGGACUCAAAUGUUGGCUUUUAUUAUGAAAAAGACCACGAAUGGAUGUGGAUAAUAAAAUAGAAUUGUAAAGUUGCAAUGUUUUCUACUCAUGUUAAACCUGUCUGUAAAAAUCAAUUGAUUCUUCUAUUUGAUGUGUUGAGUGGUUGAUUUCACAUUUCACAGAGAUGACCUUCUCAGAGUGUCUUUAACUUGAUUAGAGCUCAACCGAUUUGAGAUUUUUUUAAACUGAUAACUAAUUAUCAGGUAAGGCAGCAAAUAAAGCGAUUUUCUUGUUUAAGCUUGAAUCAAAACAGACAUUUUCUUUUUGGAUGGUGCACUGACUUUGCACAUAUAUGACUAUGUUGUA